CUUCCACCUGAAAAAAUAACAAACAUGUGGAUUCCGACAUGAACAAACUUUCUCACUUUAUAACAUGUAUGAACAAGAUCGAGGAUGAGCAACACAAGGCCAAGCAUUUGUCAAAUUGAAUUUAUUGAAGUUAUACUUCUUUAGGCGCGUUAUGAAAAAUUGAUGAGAGUGAAAUUUUACGAUGCGCGCGCACCGUGACACAAAACUAACAGAAUGAAGUUGCCCACUAAAUCGCUCAUUACAAUACGACCGACGUAACUUGGCGAGUCUGAAUAUAGCCGCAGGUGAACUUUCCGAACCGUACCGAGAAUUACCGAAUUUAUACGUUGUCAAGAAAAGGGAUGUCCAAUAUGCGUGUUUGAAGAUGUUGUUUAAUCGAUUUUUUUUUCAAAUGGAUUAAAAUUUAAUUAAAAAAAGAAGUAAAUUUAAUAAAAAUAAAGUAUAACUUCUUACGAGCGUACAUAAGUACACGCACCCUUUUUUUAUCGACUUUAUCCCAUUAAUUCGUUUUUCAGUUAUUUUCUUGUUUGUUUUUAUCUUGCAUUAAAAUUCGUAAAUGAAAUCUUCCCUCUUUUUUUCUAGUUUUAUAUUUUUUUAUUCUAAUAUUUAUUAUAAGUAAAGUUGCAUAAAUUACUAAUAAGAAUUAAUCUAUAUGCAACCCGCCAAACAAUAAAAAUUUAAAAUGGCCUAUUGAUUAAAAAGGUCAUUCAACUUAACGGACAAAGUUGGAGUCUCCAAAUUGUAUUGUACAUGACCAUGUCAGCAUUGAAACUUGACAACACACAUUAGUAUUUAAUCUUCUUAUAGUUUAUCAUAGCCACCGUGAAAAAAAUAAGUAAUCGAAGCGGCAGUUACCAAAACCUAAUUUUUAUUUAAAUCUACAAUACUACUCACUUCUAAUUGUGCUCCACAGAACCUAAGGACCGAUCUUACUGUAAACGUACUAGGAUUUGGCAUUUUCAUAUCUAGACCUUCCGGUGAAUGAAAUAUUACCGGUUUGGUAAAACCUGAAAUAAAACAAAUGCUUCGGUGAUUAAAUCGCACACAAGAAUUCCACCACUGAAUAAAUAUAAAUGUGUCUGUGUUCGGCAUCUAGGGGCUUUAAGAUAAAUGGAUGGUUUUGAAGUCGUCGUGGCCUAAAGGAUAAGACGUCCGGUGCAUUCGUGUUGAACGAUGGACCGGUGUUCGAAUCCCAGGCGGGUACCAAUUUUUCGAAUUAAAUACAUACUAAUGUUCACGACUUCAACGGUGAAGGAAUAACAUCGUGUAAUAAAAAUCAAACCCGGAAUAUUAUAAUUUGCGUAAUUAUUAGUGGUAGGUCCUCUUGUGAGUCCACGUGGGUAGGUGCCACCACCUUGCCUAUUUCUGCCGUGAAGCAGUAAUGCGUUUCGGUUUGAAGGGUGGGGCAGCCAUUGUAACUAUACUUAAAACCUUAGAACUUAUAUCUCAAGGUGGGUGGCGCAUUUACGUUGUAGAUGUCUAUGGGUUCCAGUAACCACUAAACACCAGGUGGGCUGUGAAGUCGUCUACCCAACCAAGAAAGAAAAAAAGUAUUAAUUUUGAAAGCCAUACCAUUAUCUCUAACAAACUCCUCUGUGAAUUGUUCAGCCCGCAUCUGCUGCAACGCCUGAGCCGAAGGUCGUGGAGCCCUGGCGGCUAACGCUCUGACCCAUGCUGGGGUGCCAACCUGUGAUGGUCUUGACUCCGCCCCGAGCUCGUACCUGUCGGCCCGAAAACUUCGUGUCUGCUGGUGAAUUUGAAUCACUAAAUCACCGACGGCCCACCCUUCACGCUCUAAGAUUGUUAUAUUGCUAGUGGACAUGUGAAUGCACUAACGUAAUAUUAAGAGUCACUAAUUCCUGUAUGAAGACUCAAAAACAUGGAGUCUUUUAUAAAACAGGCCUUCGUCGUGAGCGGCGCUGCACUGAACAUAGCAGGACACGGCUGUGCUCAUGGCUACCCAGCUGUGCUCUUUGCGCAAAUCGAAAGCAGCAAAGGCGACUUCAAACUCAGCGACCACGACACGUCAUGGAUUGCUUCAGUUGUCGGCGUUAUGGGAAUAGUGGGUAACUUCAUAUCGCCGGUUCUAAUGACGAAGUAUGGCCGUCAAAAAGCUCAUCUCCUCACAACUAUACCAGCUCUACUCGGCUGGCUGAUAUUCGUAUUCGGAAACUCUGUCCCUCUAUUCAUUCUGGCGAGGCUACUCCACGGUCUGGCUUUAGGGCUAAGAACACCUUUAGCAGCGAUAUUAGUGGCAGAGUAUACGGACCCAAAGUACAGGGGAGCGUUCUUGGGGACAUUCGCCAUAUCACUAGGUCUCGGGAUCUUCUUGUCACAUCUUUGGGGAGCGCAUUUAACGUGGAAAAUGACUGCUGUGGUUUGUUCCAUGUUCCCGUUGAUCGCCAUGGCGAUAAUAUCUUUUUCUCCGGAGUCGCCGAGCUGGCUGGUCUCCAAAGGUAGGUACGAAGAGGCUAGGAAGUCAUUUAGGUGGAUUCGAGGCGGAGGUCCCGUACAAAUGGAGGAGUUCGAAGCGAUGGUUAAUGCGCAGAAGGAAGAAGUGGCAUCGGAAAAAAACGAACCGAUACCAAAAAGGAAUGGAAUCUUCAAAACCGCGAUAAAUUCGAUAAAGAGCGUCCUCAGAGUAUUCAAGAAGAAAGAGUUUUAUAAGCCGGCCGUCAUAGCGAUCAGCAUGUUGGUCGUUUUCGAGUUCGGAGGAGCCCAUAUGUUCGCAGCCUACGGCAACACGAUCCUCCAAGCCGUUUUGGACAAAGAAAACGCCACAGACGUGGCGUGGCAACUGACCGUGAUGGACUUACUCCGCACGAUCUGCGCGUUCUUGGCCAUCUUCCUUUUGAAAUACUGCAAAAGAAGAACGAUAUUAUUCACCAGUGGCCUCACAACGGUUCUAUCGCUCGCUUUUAUAUCUAGUUUUAUUUACAUGAGAAAAGCCGGUCUCUUCACGGCGACUUGGCUGCUGGAGCUAAUGCCGAUGUCCCUGAUGAUAUUCUACACGGUCUCGUUUUGUCUUGGCCUCGUUCCAUUGAACUGGGUUAUAUGUGGCGAAGUAUUCCCGUUAGCUUACCGAAGUCUAGGAUCUACUUUGUCAACGUCAUUUUUGACGCCGUCUUUUGUGAUCUCCAUGAAGACGGCUCCACAUUUGUAUUCUUCUGUGGGGGUCGAGGGAGCGUUCCUGCUGUACUCGGCCAUUUUAACGUUCUUCUUGGUUAUAAUGUAUAUUUUACUACCCGAAACCAAAGACAGGACCCUUCAAGAUAUCGAAGAAAGUUUUAAAGGCAAAAAGAACGCAGACCCGGAAGUACAAAUGACGCUUAUAAAUAAAACCGAUAGUGUGUUAGUCACGUAAAUUUUUAUUUUAUUAAAAUACAUAAACGACUGUGAUAGGAUUUCCAGCGAAUUAAGAAUUCUUGACUUAGUAAAUAGUGGGGUAAAUAUGGCCCAUAUUUUUAAGCAUUUUUUUUGGUACAAGCAUAUUAUAACUAAACUAGGACAUACAAUGUUGGUAGCUAGCAACUCAGACUUAACAUCCAUAAUAUUCAAGUAUGAUCAAUAUUUACUUAUUUUAACAUUCAGAUACAUCAUUCUGUAAUAAUAAAAAAAUACCGUUAAUAUUUCAUUUAUUUUAUUGAAAAGGAAAAAGCAAUAUUAGAUUAAUAAAAUAACAAAAUCUAAUAAUAAUAAUAAAACUCCUAUUAAAUUUCAGUGCUAUUACUUAUAUUCGGAUGUUAAGAGCAUCGAUAUAUCGAUGGUUAAGAGAGUCAAUCAUUGUGUAAACUACACAUAAGACAAGCUAUGCUCAAAAUGUGAAACAAAUAGAUAACGUGUACAAUUGUGAAUAAAAACUAGUUUCAAGAAA